CUAUUAUUAUUUAAUAAAUUUAAAUACAAUAAUAAAAUACUUCAUAAAAACUUAUGUAAAAUAUUGUGAAUGAAAGUCGCGUAGAGAUGAAAGAAUUUGUCUAACCGCCAAAAAUAUUUAUUGAAAAACUAUACCAAUAACGCAUGGCAAGUUGUGAAGGUAAUUAGAUGGAAUAAUUGUUAUGUUAAUCUUAGCGAUUCUGCACAUAAUGGAUCUCAGGAUGUAUGAAUAAAGCAGAUAUAUUUGAAAAACCAGGUUCAACAUGUUUAAAAAGUGAAAACUCACCAUCUUCGGUGCACGUACAGAUGUUUGCAUGCAAACAGCUUUACUAACGAGAGUGUGCACGUGUGUGUGUGUGUGUGUGCGCGCCGGUAGAAUAAAAUUCACCACAGCGCAAAAUAGUAUCAUGCGCUGCGCGCAGACGCUUUUACUUAUAUUUCAACUAAGUUUUAUAUUAAGCUGAGUUAUCUGAGGAUUUGAAUAUUUGCGUGGUUGGUUGGCUGGGGUAAGCUCUUCGGACACUUUCAGUCUGGAGUAGAAAUCACUCUGCCCGAGGCAUUGAAGCCAAACAGAAGCGUUUCGUUUUUUACACCGUCAUCUUAAAUAAGUGAAAUUAUAAAUUUUAUUAAAUGUUUUUCAUCUAAUUUUCUUAAUAUACGUUAUCAUACGCUUGAACUCAGUGUCAAGUGUCAGUUACCGAAGAGAGUGAAACGAAAAGAAAGCGUGAAUGCCUGAUCUAAAGUUUAAUUAUUUAAAAGAGAAAAUGAGAUUUUAACGGUUUUAUGUUAAAAAAUUGUAAAUUUUCCCUAACAAUUUGCGUAAAAAGUUCAAGAAUUAGAAUAACAAAUCAAGCCGUAAGACGUAACAGAGUAAAGUGUAUUUUAUUGCGAAUGUUUAACCCUUAUAAAAAGUGAUUGUAUGUGAAUGAUAGUAUAGCAUAGAAAAAUUUUUACAUUAAUUUUCCGGAUCGAAUAAUCACACUAUAUAUAUAUUUAUAUAUAUAUAUAUAUGUAUAUAUAUAUGUAUAUAUAUAAGUAUAGGUAAGAAAAAAAUGGCUUGUCUCGGUACUUCUGGUCGUCAAGGAUUAUUCGUGGCAGUCGGUACGCGUUGUUAUCGUAAUCAAAAAUUUCUAUGUCAACUGUUUCUGCAAAACAACGGCAAUUGUAAUAAGAUAAGUAACCGACAAUAUGUUGUUGGUGACGACGAUGGUGCGUUUAACGAUGACGGUGCUAUAACCAUUUCAAAGUUGUUGUUGAAUGGCAACAAUACUUCCGCUUCCGCCUUAUCGUAUGGUUCAACAUCAACACGUUAUCCAGUGCAAAAACGUCAUUUUCAUUUAUUAACAAAUACCACUGUACCUGUAACUGCGGCUUGUUCUGCCAAUAAGGAUUACUCGAUACUGAUGAAUAAUUCAACAAUAAGCAGCAGCAACAACAAGAGCAACAGCAGUAAUCAUAACAAUUAUAGUAAAUUAAAUGUAAAUAAUAAAAGAAAAUGCUGUUCAAGCACAAAGACAAACAGUCGCCAUUACAGUUCUGCCCACACACAACAACCAGCUGGUCCAGUGCGGGAAAUACAAAUCGAUCCAUAUAUAAUAUUAGACGAAGACUUGAAAUACGUUUACGAUGAUAUACGGGAGAGACUGUUGGUCGGCACUACACAAUCUGAACUUAACGAGAUUGCCUCAUAUUAUUUUGAUGGCCAGGGUAAGGCCUUUAGGCCAAUGGUUGUAUUUCUAAUGGCUAAGGCCAUUAAUUAUCAUUUAAACAAAGAAUCAAGUGCAUUGCUACGCAAGCAACGUCACUUAGCCUUGUUUGCUGAAAUGGCUCAUUCAGCUAGCUUGGUGCACGAUGAUGUUAUCGAUCAAUCCGAUUAUCGUCGCGGCAAGCCCAGCGUUAAUGCUUUGUGGAAUCAUAAAAAAGUCACAAUGGCUGGUGAUUUCAUAUUAUCUUCGGCUUCUAUAAUGAUUGCUCGCCUAAGAAACGAUGAAGUAACAAUACUUUGUAGUAAGAUAUUAACUGAUUUGGUCCAAGGUGAAUUUAUGCAACUUGGAUCAAGGGAAACUGAAAACGAACGUUUCGCCCACUAUUUAACAAAGACAUACCGGAAGACUGCUUCACUGGUGGCCAACACUUUGAAAGCGACGGCUGUAAUUGCUGAGGCUGAUGAACAUCUAACUGAACUGGCUUUUCAAUAUGGACGUAAUAUUGGUUUAGCCUUUCAGUUGGUCGAUGAUAUGUUAGACUUUGUGUCAUCGACAGAAAUGAUGGGUAAACCAGCAGCGGCCGACUUAAAAUUGGGUCUAGCGACGGCGCCGGUUUUAUUUGCCUGCGAAAAGUAUCCGGAGCUGAAUCCGAUGAUAAUGCGUCGAUUCAGUGAACCUGGCGAUGUAGAACGUGCUUUCGAAUUGGUGCAUAAGUCUAAUGGCUUGGAGCAGACGCGUUUUUUGGCCCGCAAGCAUGGCAUUGAAGCGAUACGAUUGGCUCAGGAAAUAACGGAAUCUCCCUACCAAAAGGGUCUACAGGUGGUCGCCGAUUUAGUCAUUAAUCGUAUGAAAUAAUUUUCGAAUAAAAUCAAAUACUCUUCAAAGAGUUACGGAGGCAAAUGUAAAUUGUAUAAAAUUUAAAAAAAAAAAAAAAAAAAAAAAAAUUUUUUUUUU